AUGAGCUGCCUGGAUGGAGCCUGGCGAUGGCUCUCUGGGUCGCCCCCGCAGGACCAGAUCUUGCCGGACACCACCUGGAAGUCGGAUGAGUUCAGCGAGUACGAACGCGAGUUCCAAAGCUACAUGCAGCAAAACCUGAGGGAGCAGAUGCCCUCCCAGGAUUUUGCUUCCGAGAUGCUCGACGAUCGUCAGCAGCUACAAGAGAAGCUGCAGCAGCUGGUUGCACUGUGGAGAGAGGCCCGCAGCGUCGUGGUUUUCACUGGUGCGGGUAUCAGCACGGCAGCCGGCCUACCCGACUACCGUGGGCCUCAGGGCGUUUGGACGCGGAAGCUACGGGGAGAAGCCGUGACGGACCUGGACCUCCAUCAAGGUCUGGAACCAACUGAAGCCCAUCGCGGGAUAGCACGGCUACUGAAGGCAGGUUUGGUGGCCUUCGUCGCAACCACAAAUGUGGAUGGCUUGCACAAAAAGGCAGGGCUGCCUUCAGAGUGCUUGGCCGAGCUACAUGGCAACAGCUUCGAGGAGGAGUGCGGCAAGUGCGGAAGCAGGUUCGAAAGAGACUUCGUGGUGCGCACCGCGACGAGCCUCUUCGACCACGAGACGGGAAGGCGCUGCGAAGAAUGUGGUGGCCCACUGCGGGACACGAUUGUGAACUUUGGCAACACCGUGGAGCAAGUGCCUUCGAUGGAGGCUGCCUACGACCGAACCUGGGUCCAAUGCCUCAAAGCAGACUUGGUGGUCGUCCUAGGGAGCAGCCUGAGUGUGCCAACAGCCUGUGAUCUUCCAGAGGAGAGUUUGCCUGCGCGGGAGAGCAAGCCGGAAGGUGGCCGUUUGGUCAUCGUCAACCUCCAGCGGACCCCCAAGGACGAUUUUGCCAGCUUGCGGCUAUAUGCUGCCUGCGACACUGUCAUGGCCUUCGUCGAGAAGCAGCUGCUGGGAUGA